GUAUAGAAGAGAGCCAGCGCCGUGAGUCUGCGCAAAAGAGUUCUCAAAUCUGGCCGUCACCUGUAUUGAAAAGGAGCAGCGUCAAAAUAACUUGCAAAAUGUUUAGUUUUCACAAGCCAAAGGUCUAUCGAUCUAGUACUGGGUGUUGCAUUUGUAAGGCCAAGUCUAGCAGCUCGCGGUUCACAGACAGUAAAAAAUACGAGGAUGAUUUUAUGGAAUGUUUCCAACUCGAGGAAAGGCGCACCGGGGAAAUUUGUAAUGCAUGCGUUCUUUUAGUGAAAAGAUGGAAGAAAUUACCAGCAGGAAGUAAUCGCAACUGGAGACACGUUGUUGAUGCACGUGCAGGACCUGGCAUAAAGUCGUUAACCAAAUUUAAAUCAAAAAAUAAAAAGAAAAUAAAAGAUCUACCAGAAAAAUUUGAGAAGAUAAUGAAGAAGAAACAUAUCUAUUUAAAAACUGAUAGAGAUCGUGAACAAAGCCCAGCAAUGAGCGAUGAUUUAACAGAAGACUAUUUAAAUGGAAAUGGCAGUAAAGGCUCCAGUCGUGCCGGCAGUCCUGUAGGCAGCGACGAUAUUCCAGUGACUGAAAAACAAUUAGAUAUGCAGGAUAUUUCGGAAUCAAAGGAUGAUUUAACUGUUAAUGGAUUUAUCGAUUUGUCGUAUUUCAAAAGGGAGGUAAUUUGUUGUGGAACAAUAUUCAAAGGUCCAUACGGGGAAGUAAUAGUGGAUCCUUCGUUAAUAAAACCAUGCAUCGGUUGUAUAGCUAGACAACAACGACAACAACAAACAAAUGCAUUAAGUUGCAGUCCUGUGCAUAGUUCCGCAUCAGCCAGCCCUGUCCACAGUUCCGCGUCUGCUAGUCCUGCCCAUAGUGUAGAGUCUGGUACAGAGACUACUGUCUCUAAGCAGACAAAUAAGACGUUUAGUGACUCGUCAUCAGAUUCUGGCUACGAUGAAUCCUCUAAUCAAGGAGUUGGUGAAAGUAAGAUUACUAAAAUUAUACAAAGUACGAGUGCUACUGUAAAAUCAGCGGUCAAGAUACAACCGUUGAAAAGUGUUCAGUUAAAAGCUAUACCAGUAUCGGAAGCUGUCAGGUUAAAAACAGAUGUGCCAAUCAAGUUGGUACCUAUUAAGCAGAUUGAUCAACUGUCUUGUAAGCCAUUGUCUUUAGUU